AUGCCCCGAAGUAAUCCAGCUCUCGACAUCGACGAACAGUCACCACUCAUCGGGGCCGAGGAGACCUCUGAAAAUGGCGAUGUCGAAGAAAGACCUUUGUCCGAGGCCAUUGAUCUAGAGGAUUCCUUCGUCGAGUCAAAAAGCUCUUGGUAUCUUGCCCUCCUCACCCUUUCCAUUGGAGGUCUCCAGAUCGUCUGGUCGGUCGAGCUGUCAAAUGGCUCGCCCUAUUUACUGUCGCUGGGUAUGAGCAAAGCCCUGGUCGCAUUUGUGUGGCUUGCCGGGCCACUGACUGGAGUGCUUGUUCAACCUUAUAUUGGCAUUCUAAGUGAUCGGUCUCGAAUCUCUUGGGGGAAACGCAAACCGUUCAUGGUAGCUGGCGCGGUGGGGACCGUCAUCACCUCCAUCACCCUUUCUUACGCGAAAGAUAUCAUACGUGUUCUUGGUGGUCUGGCCAAGGACGCGACCUAUGAUGGAGGAUAUAAGACCGCCACCAUCAUUCUGGCCACCAUCAUGAUGUGGUGUCUAGACUUUGCCAUCAACGCUGUCCAAGCCGCAAUCCGUGCUUUCAUAGUUGACAAUGCCCCAUCCCACCAACAGGAGUCUGCAAAUGCAUGGGCUUCUCGCAUGACAGGGAUCGGCAACGUACUUGGAUACAUAUUUGGCUAUCUCAAUCUGCCUCAAUAUAUGUCCUUCUUUGGAAAUACUCAAUUCAAGGUUUUGUGCGUCAUUGCAUCUAUUGCUGUGAGCGUCACAGUCUUGAUCAGCGUCUUGUUCAUCAAAGAACGCAAUCCGCAAUUAGAUCCACCAUCCAGGUCCGACCACAAAUCAUCUGGAUUUCUGAGUUUCUUCAAGGAUGUUUUCCUGUCUAUCAAAAGACUUCCUCCACAAACAAAAACAGUAUGCAAAAUCCAAUUCUUCCAUUGGAUGGGCUGGUUCCCAUUCCUCUUCUACAUCACUACUUACAUCGGACAAUUGUACGUCAAUCCUUACCUGAAGCCAGGGUUGUCGGAUGACGAGGUCAAUCAACUCUGGGACAAGGCGACUCGGAUUGGGACCUUAGCUUUACUGAUCUACGCAAUUACCUCUUUUGCCUCGAAUCUGAUUCUUCCAUUCCUGGUCGUCCCAACCUAUGUUGCUCAGACGUCCCCUUCUUCAACUGAAAUCACCCGACCCAUCACGCCGAGCUCACCAGUUGGGAUAAGGGAAAGAACAGCGUCGUGGGGGGAGCUUGCAAUGGCACAUAAUCGCGCUCUGUCCACAAGUUCCAAUUCACCCCUUGCCAAGAGUGGUUCUCUCAAAUCCCCGAGUCUGCUUCAUCGCUGGUUAGAGCGUCUCCAAAUUCCUGGUUUGACGCUACGGCGUGCUUGGCUACUUUCCCAGCUGCUAUUCUCGUUAUGCACUUUCAGCACCUUCUUUAUCUCGACUCCACAGGCGGCCACUGUGAUGACUGCACUGAUUGGUAUCACUUGGUCCCUGACGCUCUGGGCACCUUUCGCCUUGAUAUCGGCUGAAAUAUCUCGGCGGGACGAGAGAAGACGUCAUCGAGACCGCCAAAGACUAAUGAACGACCCAGAUGAGGAAGAUGGUGAUGGGGACGAGGAGGAGGAAGAUAAAGCCGGGAUCAUCCUCGGCAUUCACAACGUUGCGGUCAGCAGUCCUCAAGUUCUUGCCACCAUCGUCUGCAGCCUUGUGUUCAAACUUCUUCAAAAGCCGAGAAAUGUACCGGGUGAUGUCAGUGUCGGCUGGACAUUAAGACUGGGCGGUCUUGCAACUUUGAUAUCGGCCUUCAUCACCUGGAGAAUGAAAGAGGCGGGUGAUGAGGAUCUAAAUAAGUGA